AUGCCACGCGGUAUCCCAUAUCGACAUAUCCACAGUCCCGGCCACGCGAUUACCAAAGUACAUCGCGAGUCUCAGGAAGAGUUACAAAUAGUUGAUCGACUCCUGGAACCCCAGACGAUCGUCCACUUUCUAGAAUGCUGUCACGGAGCUCCACUCCCCAAUGGCAAGCAGUCCACGCUACCCAAAUUAACAGCUGAGGAGAUCCACAGCCUCUCUACCCACCCGGACGCUGACCCUAACGGCGAACCGUUUCUGGAACGCGUAAUGAAAAGAAUCGGGUCCAGGGAGGAUGGCGAUCGGCUUUGCAUUGUGGGGAAGAAUAUCCACUCAGCCAAGAGCCGGGCCUGGGAGGGUAUCAUCCCGCUUUCGGAGCAGCGAUGGCGCGAGAAGGGUCUUGACCAUUUUGCGAAUUUCCAGGUCGCGUGUCAGUAUCUGUCUUCUGUGUUGGCGGUCUUUGAGUAUCUUAAUAAGCCGCGUGUGGCCCAGAAUCUUCGGGACACGUUUAACCUGAUCUAUGCGCAUUGGGAGGAGUGUGAUGCGGUUUUGAAUGGCCAGCAUCGCCGGCUGGAACAGGAGCCUGUCAGCGUGGCGAAGCGCUGGACGGAGUUUAUCGCAGCUCAUUAUGAGAUGAUGACUGAGCGUGCGCAUCGCUGGGUCAUCUCGCAUGUGAAUACAUUGCGCGCUCCCCUUCUGGAGGGCUUGUUGUCGCAUCGUCCGAUGGAUGAGAGUAUCGUAGAUAGGGUGCAGUGGAAGAUGACGGAUGCCUUGCAUGUGCUCAUGGAGAUCUCGGCCGUGGCGGAUUAUACAAUCAUGAUACCCAUGCAUGGGUACAAGGGGCAUACUCCAUCACCGAUUGAGACGGGUAUUCCACCAGGGCUAAGGUCACCCGAUUAUGAGAAGCGAGGUAAAGAACAUCAGCAGAGGCUGAAGCUUGUCAGUCGCAUGAUCAUGUUUCAGAAUAUACGCACCACAUCUCGGGGUGUUGGUGAAGGUAUGGGAUCACCGGAAUCACUCCACCGGACCGCUUUGCAGCAGAUUGAGAGCCAGAACAAGGUCCGACGGGAAACAAGGGGCGAGCCUAUAGAGCCAGUACCGCGUGAGCCGUGGAUUGCGAAAAGCCUGGCUAGGCUGGAAAAAUCCGACAAGGAUCCUGUUGGCGGAUUUGGACUUGCCAUCUACCGUCUGACCUAUAAACAGAAUGACACUGAAUGGGCGGGGUUUUUGCAAAAGUUAGAGACGCAUGUGGCCGAUUGGGGCCGGGGUCAAACCGGUUCCAACGCCAUUAAACCGCUUCUCAAGCUGCAUUGGCUGGACGGAAAGGCCCUGGGGAUCCCAGAGGGGGACAUUGAUGCGGCAAAGAAACAUUUCAACGAUCAUGCGAUUUCCUCAUUCGAGGACACGGACCGUGUCGAUAAUAGCACAUUCCUAGUCAUUGAUGAUGCUUGUGUCGCUUCCUACAUGGGAGAUUCAUACUCGGCGGCCACCGAAUUUAUCCCUUCCGGCGAUCACUCAGGGUUCGUUCUUGCAGUUGAUGCUCACUAUGAUCCGAAGGAAGGCAUUGAACGCCCGGACGAAUCUCCCGGUUACUACGGACAAAUGCGUAUUCUUGGUAAUCUAAUCUGGGGAGAUCUUUAUGCAAUGCUGUCAUCCCAGUCUGCUUUAUUAGAGGACCUCUGGCCUCUGGCCAUUAACCACCCAAACGGGGUCUACACUGGUCCUACUGUCCCCAUGCAGGUAAAGUGCUGGAAAGUCCAGAACGGGAUGCGAUCCACUUUACUACGCAAAAUUGUAGAAUACGUGGAGGCACAGAUGAGUGGAACAGCAUCAUCAUCACCACCACCACCAGUCCCACCACGACGAAGUGAACAAAGUGCACGAAGUGAGCCGGAUGCCACCCUUCGUGCUUACCUGCUGCGACAGUUCGCUCAGGAUAUGCGGCGCCAAGGUAACAUACAACAUGCAGUAUUAGCCGAAGAAGCCAUUGAUUUGCAGCCUGAUGAAGAGCCGGACUGGGAGAGAAUUCAGCGGCGUCUGGACGCUGAGUCUGAAACAGGAAAUGAGACACGGCCAAAUAUGCGGGAUAGAGGAGGUCCCGAUAAUCAGUGUGCUCCUCAAUAG